ACGCAUGCGCAGUUUGUAUGUUUGUGGGACAUUUGCGUUGUAGCUAACUUGGUAGUUGUAAAAGAAACCACCCAGAAAGAGAGAUGGCGAGUCCAACAGCUUGUGUUAUAUUUCUUUUUCUUGUCUCGGUAGUUUGCUCAGAGUUAUCGGACAGGCAGCUGAAUACGGAAAAUAUCCUGAUAAACGUGACAGCGGGGACGAUUACAGAUACCCGUAUGCAAGAUUCAAACAACUUACAGAUCAAUUUAAACAUUUCUGUGGGAGAGGAGCAGAUAUUGGUCAAUGAUGUCCCGGUAGAGCUGUCAGGUGUCACCAGGUUCAACUGCCAGGCACUUCUAUUGGACAGCAUCAAUGGAAGCAGUGAGUUUGAAUCUGGAGACCUGGUGUCCACCGUUACCCGGGUGAUGGUGAGCCAAAACAGGCUGUACAGCGACUUGGAGGAGGUGGUCGCUCUGCAGGUCUUCAGUGAAGUUAUAGAAAUGGAGGGCAAGGAGGUCCACCAGUCUGACAUGUUCGAGGUGAAAAUACUGAUGAGCCCGGACUUUCAGAAGCUGGCUCAGUUCACCAACAUCUACCCCAUCGGACACAGUGAGAUUUUCAGGGCUCCAAGAGAAAAUGAUGUGGUUGUUACAGAUCUACCAACUUCCAGGAAAGAUGAAGAACAGCUGAUCUCCCAAACCACCAGCCAGUACCCCCACACAGAAAAGCAAACAGAGACCACCCAGGAAGAGAUUGCAGCCCCAGGAAAACUCCCAGAGACCCCCCUGCGCAUGGAACCCAACCUCCUGUACAACGUCAGAUAUGAUGAUGAAUCUGAGGAUGAAGAUCAGACCCGGGUUGAUCAGAAUCAGAUGGAAACACCGCCCAAAGAGUUCAUAUCUUCUUACUCAGCCAUGUGUCAGUGGGUGGAGCAAGCGAGGGAGCGUCUGCGGCGCUUCUGCUCGGAGUCCCUGCCUCUCUUCUUCCUGGUGAUGUGGGUGGUUGUGAUUGGCAUCGUCGGAUCAGCGGUAAUAGUCAGGAUCUUGGACGUGUUCUUCCCAGCUUGUGAACACAAGCACAUUUUUCAUCUAAACCAAGUCACUCUGAUGCCUGAGGAUGAGAAGUACAGUCUGCUGGAGAACAUGGAAGCAGAAGAAGCAGCUGAAGAGGAGAAGAAGCCCUGAAUGAGGAUGGACUUAGCCAGCUCUAUCCAGUUUGAUCUUAUUUGUUCUUUAAACGUCUGAUUUAAACUUUGGUAUGACCUGGUUUUGUUCAGCACUGUAAUCCACUUUUCACUUCUAAAUAUGUCAGCCAUGAAACAGGAGAACUUUUCGUGGAAAUUCAGUUACAUAAUCUGGUCCAAAAUGGGGAGGAAGUGAGCGUGAGGUGUGUCUUUCGUACGAGCUGGAAAGUCUCACAGUGCUGUUAGAUCCAAUUCCCCUGUUGGAUAAGUGAGAACUUGGACAGAGAUCUAUUUAACAAAGAAAAUAAUUAGUUUAUUUCCCGUUAAAGUAAUUUGCUUGCUGCUUUACAAAAGAUGACAGUCUGAUUAAAUGUUACCCACCUCCAAAACACACAUCAGCAACAACUGGUUAAAAGACUGAAAUCUUGUGAGUAGUUUUAUAUUUUAUUUAAAUACUUUUUUGUUUUAUAUUUGUUUGGUAUAAGAACUGGUCAGUAUGGUCCCAGUUAUCUGAUCCCACACAAAAACUACAGAAAUGAAAAAGGCAGCUUCUGGUUUUUUGUGUAGUUAUUUACUGGAGGUGUAAA